GAACAAGUAUUAUUGUGCAAAUCUCUUAUCCAGUGGUGGGAAUUUGUUGGCGACACCAUUAUACAUGUAUCAUUGAAGGCCUGUGAUGUGUUAUAACAGUCAAUUCAAUACAUUGACGUCAAUAACAUAUAGCCUCAAACUGUUAGCUGGAGGUGGAUGGCACCCGAAGACCGCCUCUUGAAGCCGAGUUGAACACUCGGCUACGCGUUGUGUUUGUACUUUUACGGCAUAAUAUGCGAGAAGAACAUUGUUAAAUGAAGCGUUUCUAUUUUGUCAAGCAACCCCGUGAAGUGUCGAAGUGAAGCGGGACAAUAUGUGUCAGUAUAGACCCGGUGUGAACCGAGCAAGUCUUAUCUCUUCCAGAGCAGCAAAGCUAGCACCGCUGCUAGUGUUGUGGGUAGUGUUAUGACGAGGAAGGACGUUUUAUCUUUUCGCACGCAAUAAUCUCACCCGUGAACGAAUCUACCCCCACUCCUUUGCCUAGCAUAGAUGGUCGCAUUGUUGUCAUGAGUGAAUCAUGCCAUUAUUGCAAUGGUUAGGCCUUGAUUAACGGGACACUUGCAUGUUAUUAUCUGUAGAACCGCCUGCGUCGCGUCAUGUUUUUUACUUGUUCAUGUUGCACUUCAUAUGAGGUUGAACCUUGGUAGACUACCCCACACUGGGGUAGUCUAUUCAUCGAUUAAAGUGGUUUUGUGGCGUUUCCUUAGUCCCCACAACCAUUUAUGCUGCUGCUAUACAGUCAGGAUCACCAGAAAUGUCUUGGUUUUGCCGGUGCCUGACCAGUCUCUAACAAACACGGGUGGUCGUUAUUAGUCAUUGGAUUAAUAAUAAUAAUAAUAAUUGUAUUUAAAGGGCGCCUUUCAAGACACUCAAGGUCACCUUACAGAGCAUAAAGUUAUAAGACAGAGGUUAAACAUGAAGAAAUUAAUAACACUCAAAAAGACGCCUAAAGUGAAGGGGGGGACCUCACUAACCACCACCAAUAUUGACACACAAGGCCACUUUUAUUAACACACAAUAUUUGUAUCUGUUAGCGUUGUGUUUAACUGGACUUCAGUAUAUGUUGGAGGCAUCAACGUGAGGAACAAUGAUUAUUCAUAAAGAAAUUAAACCUGACCAGUUCAAUCCUUUCAUUCUCAAGCCUGUCUUUCAAUAUCAGCACUGAGCUCCAUAUUAUUUUCAACAACUGACACGUUGGGAAGCUAAUGUACACAACACCAUUCAAAUUUAUAUUUUUUUAGAUGGUGGUUUAUAGGAUAAUAAAAAAUAUUCCUGUAGUGGUUCCUAGCAUUUUUUUUAGCAAUGCAAAUAUGCAAUGCUUUGCUCAAGCAUUGUUGUUAUUUAAUAAACGUUGUUAGAUAUCGGCAUGUUAAGUUACUAUAUUGGUCUACAGUGGGAUACCAAAAAAGUAUUAUGUCUAGGUCAUCAACUUAUCAGUAUUAUCUUUGCUCAAGCAUUGUUGUUAUUUUAAUAAACGUUGUUAGAUAUCUGCAUGUUAAGUUACUAUAUUGGUCUACAGUGGGAUACCAAAAAAGUAUUAUGUCUAGGUCAUCCACUUAUCAGUAUUAUCUUUCUCUUACAGAGCAUCCGUACAGCCAUUUGAUUGACACACUGAAUGAUGGUGUUAAAUUUUUCAAUCCACAAAAAUUAAAUGACCCAAGAUAUGGAAAACUGCCUCUAUCCAUCCGUGUCUUAUUGGAGGCGGCCAUUCGUAAAUGUGACGGCUUUUACGUGAAAGAGGUGGACGUCCAGAACUAUCUGGACUGGCAGGAGCAGCAGAAUGUGGCUGAGGUGCCGUUCCCUCCCUCCCGGGUCCUUCUCCAGGACUUCACGGGUAUUCCCGCCAUGGUGGAUUUGGCGGCAAUGCGAGAUGCGCUGGUCAAACACGGUGUGGACCCUUACCGCGUCAACCCAGUCUGUCCCACCGACCUCAUAGUGGACCACUCGCUACAGAUCGACUUCAGCAAAUGUGCCAUCCAGAACACACCCAACCCCGGCGGAGGAGAGACCCAGAGCCAGGGCGCGCCUCGCUCCUCCUCCUCCUCCACCCCCGCCCCCGUCUCCUCUGCCCCAGGCAGCGGGCCCAGGCAGCCGCCUCGGGGUGGGGGCGCCCAUUGUGGAGCUGCGAGGGGAUCCUGUGGCAAGGGCAGCUGCAGCGACACCCCGGCCUCCCCAGGCAAACACCCCCCGGCCGUCCAGCAGAUAGAGAACUCGCCCCUGCUCUGCCCCUUCCACCUGCAGCCCGUCUCUGAACCAGAAACUGCACUGAAGAGCCAAGAGAUGGAGCUGAUCCGCAACAAAGAGAGGCUGCAGUUUUUCAAGUGGUGCUCCAAAGCGUUCCAGAACGUGAACGUGGUCCCGCCGGACGUGGGCGCGGUUCACCAGGUGAACCUGGAGCACCUGUGUCGCGUGGUCCACGUCAGCGACGGCCUGGUGUACCCCGACAGCGUUGUGGGCACCGACUCCCACACCACCAUGAUCAACGGACUGGGGGUCCUGGGAUGGGGUGUGGGGGGGAUCGAGGCCGAGGCGGUGAUGCUGGGCCAGCCGGUGGCCCUGACUCUGCCCCAGGUGGUGGGCUGUAAGCUGGAGGGCUGCAUCAACCCUCUGACCACCUCCAUCGACGUGGUCCUGGGCAUCACCAAGCACCUGCGGCAGGCGAACAUCGCCGGGAGGUUUGUGGAGUUCUUUGGCCCAGGGGUGUCGCAGCUCUCGGUCCCCGACCGGACCACCAUCGCCAACAUGAGCCCUGAAUACAACGCCACCGUCAGCUUCUUCCCCAUCGACCAAGUCACACUCAAGCACUUUAACAAGACCAACUUCAGCCCGGAGAAACUUGAACUACUGGAGUCGUACAUGAAGGCUGUGAACCUUUUCAGAACCUACGAGGACUCUGAAGAGGACCCUGUCUAUUCAGAGGUGAUAGAGAUCCAACUGAGCUCCUUUAUCCCCUACGUGAGCGGCCCCAAGAGGCCCCAGGACAGGGUGGCAGUCAGCGACAUGAAGGUGGACUUCCACAGCUGUCUGAAGGAGAAGGUGGGCUUCAAAGGCUUCCACGUGGCCCCCGACCGGCUGCAGACCCAGGUCCCCUUCCAGCACGCGGGCCAGGAGUACCAGCUGGCCCACGGCUCCCUGGUCAUCGCCGCCGUCAUCAGCUGCACCAACAACUGCAACCCGUCCGUGAUGCUGGCUGCAGGUCUGCUGGCGAAGAAGGCGGUAGAGGCGGGGCUUGGCGUCAAGCCUUACAUCAGGACCAGCCUGGCCCCCGGGACCGGAAUGGUGACCCAGUACCUCAACACCAGUGGGGUCCUGCCCUUCCUCAGCCAGCUGGGCUUUGAGGUGAUAGGGUACGGCUGUGCCACCUGUGUGGGCAACACGGCCCCUCUGCCCGAAGGCGUGGCCGAGGCCAUCAAACAGGGGAACCUGGUGGCGUGCGGCGUGCUGUCGGGCAACAGGCACUUUGAAGGGCGCCUGUUUGACUGCGUGAGCGCCAACUACCUGGCCUCGCCCCCCCUAGUGGUGGCAUACGCCAUCGCAGGGACAGUGGACAUCGACUUUGAGAAGGAACCCCUGGGGGUGACCCCCGAGGGGAAGGAGGUGUUCCUUCGUGACGUGUGGCCGUCCAGAGAGGAGGUGCAGCAGAUGGAGGAGGACACGGUGGUCUCCUCCAUCUUCCAGGAGCUCAACAGCAGGAUGGAGAAGGGGAACGCGCUGUGGAGCAACCUGGAGUGCCCGGAGACUGCGGUGUUCCCCUGGGACCAGAAGUCCACCUACAUCCGCCAGCCCGCCUUCUUCCACAAGCUGAGUAAAGAGCUGCAGCCCCCCCGCUCCAUAGAGCACGCCCACGCCCUGCUGUUCCUAGGCAACAAGGUGACCACCGAUCACAUCUCCCCUGCCGGCAGCAUCUCCCGGGUCAGCGCCGCCGCCAAGUACCUGUUGAGCAAACGGCUGACGCCCCGGGAGUUCAACUCGUACGGCGCCCGGCGGGGGAACGACGCGGUGAUGACCAGGGGGACGUUCGCCAGCAUCAAGCUGCUGAACCGCUUCAUCGGGAAGUCGGGCCCCAAGACGCUGCACAUCCCAUCGGGCCAGACGCUGGAUGUGUUCGAGGCAGCAGAGCGCUACCAGAGAGAGGGCAUCCCCCUCAUCAUCCUGGCAGGGAAGGACUACGGCUCGGGGAGCUCCAGGGACUGGGUGGCCAAAGGACCCUGCCUGCUGGGGGUGCGAGCCAUCAUCGCCGAGAGCUUCCAGAAGCUCCACCAGACCCAGCUGCUGGGGAUGGGCAUCCUGCCCCUGAGCUUCCUGCCCGGCCAGACGGCCGACUCCCUGGAGCUCAGUGGGAAGGAGAAGUUCUCCAUCAGCCUGCCCGAGGAGCUGGCUCUGGGCCACGCGCUCACGGUGCAGACCAGCGAAGGGAAGUCGUUUGGUGUGACGGCGCUCAUCGACAGCGAGUUGGACCUGAUCUACUACCGUCACGGAGGCCUGUUACCAUACGUUGCUCGGACAAUGAUUUAACACCAACCCCACUCCCCUUUCGCAUGCUCAAAGGGGCCCUCAUCUGGCUGCGUGGGCUCAGUGUGGCCGACAGCCAGGCUCCCUCCAGCAACACAAGAAGAGACACAUGCUGACAAAACCUGCUUCGCUAGGCCAGGCGCAACACGUUUUUAUAACAAUCCUUUGAGUUCUCUCCCCCCCCCCCCCCCCCCAAAUAGGUUGGAGUCAAGAAGCGGAAGGUUAGAAACAAAUGACAUCCACUAUCGGUGCUAGUACAACAAAACACACGUCACGGGUCCAUCCAUCCAUCCAAGAAUGCAUGAAUGAAAUAAGACGUUUGCCACAAGGUAUGCGAGCACUUGCAAGAGCACACACACACACACACGUGGAAAUGUGAAAUCACUUCUUUCUGCCCAUGCUGACAUCUUGGGUCAAUACAGCAGAUGCAAAAAAAAACAAAAAAAACUUUUUGGUCAUCAUUGCUGACUGGUGUCAAGAAAGGACGGCUUCAGAUCUCGCCAACCCAGGACCCACCAGUGAUAUGGCUUGGGACAGAUCCUCCCCCUUAGAUAUGUCCUGGUUAUCAGAUGUGUGUGUGUGUGUGUGACGGUCCCACAACGCACCCUGCACUGACACAACCAUACCUCCACACCUCAAUCCCACAUUUCCUUGAUUUAUGAGUCAGUAGGCUCUAGACGUCAAUAAGGAACAAAAUGUCUGUAUGCCAAUCCAGGCCAUGAACACAUCAGAGUACAAAUCGGAUUCCGCCCUUUGUGACUUUGUAUGCUGUUGGUUUUUCGCCCCAUGCCACAGAGAUUUCAUCAUUGAGGUUUUACCCACACGAUGGAUGUUUCGGCAUGCCCAUAAAGCACCUUAGAAUGGCUGUUUUACCCAUGUGGCUGUCAUCAUUCAAAUCGGUCUUCAUUUCUUCUCCCCAACACAUGCACUUCUUCUGCUUUGCUAGACUGUGGUGAAACCAGAUGGAUGAGCUCCUGUGUUUCAGGUUGAAAUGCAGUGGAGUCGUAGCUACUGAGAGGGCACUGCAUGGCAGAUGGGUUUAGUGAACCCAGCUCCUAUUGCACAACAGCUCUUGGGACUGGAGCACCAAUAUGACAUACCUUUCUGCCAUUCAUCAGGUGUUGCCCCGUUUCAAUACAACUACUUACACCCAUAAACAUGCCCACUCCUUCCCGUUGAGUAAGGAAGAGUUCACAUUCGUUCACGUGUCCAAGCCGUUUGGACAGUAGCCUAGAAGCAGAGCUUUUAAGUAGAUGGCAUUAUGUACCUGUGUAUCCAUCCAAUGCAACAUGUCAGGCUAUUUAGAACCAAGUGGAAAGCAGCAUUUAUGCAUAUAUUAUAACUGAGCAUGUCAUGAAGUUUACUGCGAUUUACUUAAACCUACAUGUGGAUUAUUUCUUUUUUUUUACCAUUAACCGACUUUUUUUUGUCUAAAGUUGUGAAAGCCAGUGUUUGCCUUGACGGACGGCCAAAGCAAGUUGGAGCAAGUAGCAAGUGUUCAUCUGCUACUGAUGUCCACUGCUGCCCCUAACCCCACCACCACCACCCCUAAGUCAGGUGUUCCUGGUGUCCCCUGGGUUCAGGCACAGUGCUGACCUUUUCUAGCUUCAGAAAAAGGGUUCCCGUGUUUUAUUCUUUGGAUUUGCAACUCGAGUGACAAAUAAAGAAGUCUGCCAUCCCAAGUUAAGAGUAGUGUUUUGAUUCAAGUGAAAG